UGUCAGCGAAUUGGAAUAUUGGAAGCGAAGAAGAGGAGAGGGAUCUCGAGCACCCAUUAGCCCCCAUCCACAUUCACGUCCAACGGGCCCCCAAAGUAUUCGCAAGUGGUAACAGGGCCGCGUUUGCGUUUCGCCGCAUCACAAUAUCUGAAAUCAAAAGAAAAAUCAAAUUUGUAUCAAACCGAAAGAAAAAUCCAUUUUCUCCGAGCCACAUGAAAAUUAAUUGAUGUUUAAGGGUAUUACAACCACAAAAUGAAUACCAAAAACAUUGAAAACAAACCCAUGGAUGGGUCAAAAUUUCUUGAUAUGUUGUCAACAAUAUCAUUGGAGGAAAUAUUACAAUUUGAGUUUCGUCUCAAUCCAACAAGCAAAUGGGAAACAUUGAUAACGCCAUCACCCCCGCUUCGGAAAUACAAUUGUAAUAUUUGCCAUGUUGUCCAAUUCGGCGACAAGAAUUUGUUUGGCCAUCUAAGUGGCAAAAAACAUAACGCUGCAAUGACAGCUGAACAGCAAUUGCAAUUCAGAAUCAAGCCCAUUGGAGCUUCACAAAAACCAGGUUCAGCACCCGUAAAAAAGGGUCCCAACACCACUGCAAAUAAUAACAAAAACAGCACCUCUCCUGUUGUAAAAAAUUUGCCUACUCCAAACAAAAAUGCACCAAACAAAAAUAAUACUAAUACAAACACCACCGUUGUUAAGCAGGCAGCUGGAAAUGAAGUGGCAAAAGCACAGCCGAUUCAAAAGAAAACUCCAGCCAUUGGCGUUAGCACGCAAAACAUUGCGGCAAAUAAUCAAACUACUGCAAAGAAUAUUCAGGGCAAUAAUCCAAACAUUCAAAAGAAUAUUCAGGGCACUAAUUCAAACAUUCAAAAGAAUGUUCCAGUAAACAAUGCACCCAAUCUAAAGAAUACAUCUCAAAAUAAUGCACCUAUUAAAAAAAAUACAGGGAAUAAUACACCCGUACAAAAGAAUAUCACUGUUAUUGGUGCAACCGCACAGAAAAGACCCAACCCGAACCCGGGAAAUAUUCAAGCGAAGAAGGCAAAUAUGAAUGCGGCCAACGCCACUAACACUGCUAAUAAAAAGGCUCCACAGCCUGCAGCGGCUACAGCGAACGCAUCCCAGAAUUCUAGGGGUCCUGCUCCAAAAACCAUUGUAGGCAAUACUACUUCCCAGCAGCCAGCGAAUGUUCAGACCCAAAAACAAUCACAAGCGCAAACAAAACCACCUGUUCGAAAUCCCGCACAGACGCAAGCAACGCCACAGGCGACCAAAGCUGUGCAGAAUGCUAAAUCGAAUAACAAGACAAAUAAUCCAGAUAUAGUCAAAAAUCCGCUUGCCACGAAAAUAUCUUGUGUUCCGCUGGCCAAGCUUAUCAACUCUACACCAGAGCCCGAGAACGAUGUCAUAAUUAUUGACGAACCGCCAAAAGAGGCUGCUAAGCCGCCAGAAACACCGAAAAACCCCAUACCAGUUCAAACAACAACCCCGAACUCCACUAUUGCGGUCAAGAAGCCAACCAAUAUUACUGCUCCCCCCAAGCGCCCAACCACUAUCAAUAAGGUAGUAAAGCCUACCUACGUUGCUCCCAAGGAUUACCCAGCAGCCAAGCCUGGUGGCACAUUUGAGUCCAUGAGCCAGAAUCAUGUUAUGGGUCUCGUUGGAGUGGAGUACGUUUUGAAAAUAGUUAGAAACUUGGCUGAUAAGAAUGCCAGAUACCAAUGUUGCCUAUGCGAGAUCACUGCCGAUGAGCAAUCGAUGCACAACCAUUUGCUGGGCUAUAACCACCGUUUAAAGUAUUUUGACAAGCAUUUCCCAACGGCAAUGCGUCUCUACCGUCAGUAUGUGUCCCAAGUACCGGAGAGCGAGGUGUGCAAAAUAAUGAUGCCCAUUUUCGAUAAGCUUGCGCAUGCCAUUGAAACGCAUCAUGGUCGAAAAUCCGCCCAUCUGUGCUAUGACCAUGUAUAUUCCAAAGAUCGCCAGAGUUUGUUCUCCCAGGUGUAUAAUAGAAAGCACUCGUCGGAAAAGAUUGGGCCCUCGUUCACCCACGUCGUUGAUGCCAAAGAGGUGGAUGAGUUGAUCAAGAAGGUUAGGAACAACGUUCAGCCCUUGAUGAACGUUGAAAAUCCGAAUCCUUACUACGUCCCUCCAUACGUACCGCAUUAUGUGGGCUAUCAGAACGUGCCCGAAAAGAAUACAGAACCGCCCAUUGACGACGAAACGCACAAGCGAAUGGUCGACAACUUUCUCAGGGACACCACCAGACAUAGUUCGGGCGAUGCCCAGAAGUCGCGCAAUCCAAAGCGAAACCGCUCCAGAUCCAUCUCGCCCGAUCAAAGGAAGAGAGUCGUCCACAAAAGGCACUGGAAUGUGGAGCGCAGAUCAGUGUCGCCUUUGCGCGAUGGUGAUCUGUGGCAGGCGUACCGCCACAUGGUGGACCUUAAGGUGCGUGAGCUAAAUGUGUCCUUCGACACAUACAAAUCUGAUCCCGAACAGCAUCCAAACUAUCAGGCUGAGUGGCAAAUGUUUUGGAAGCGCCGCAAGGAUGAACUUAUACAGGCUGGCAUUAAUCAUCGCACGUACAACUUUCAAAACGAGUGGAUUCACUUCUUUAAUGCUCGCAUCGAAGAAUUGUACAAUCAAGAUAUUGAAAACAUUAAAAUAAAAUGCCGCGAACGGCUGUGUUUGCCAAUGACCAAUAACGAAUUGGCCGACGAAAAGUAUCACGUUCAUUUGGGCAAAACAGAUGAGCCCGAUUUGCGCAAACCGGAGCCUAGAAAUGAACCGCAGAAAAUGUCGGUUAAUGUGGAGCCUCCGGUUGUGGAGCCACCGAAUGUGAUCCAUGUCCUACGUCUUUUAACCGCUCUGGAGAAUUACCUGGGAAGUUUGGGUCCUUUUGUUACCGACAUGCUAGUGAAAGCCCUGCAAACGCAAAAGAUUUAUCCGGAAAAGGUCCACGCUUCAAUUUUAACAGCCGAAAACUGUGCUAUUUUGGAGACCGUUAAAGAAAAGUUUACGGGUCUCUUGAUCUCCCAAAUUUAUGAUCCCGCUAAAGAAAGGGCGUUGAAAAGAGCUAUCAAUGACACCGAACUGUUGCUUCAAAGUGCCAGUAAAAUUAACAAUUCCAAAGAUAACGUUCAGCGCGUUGAGAAACCAGAGAUGGCCAACAAAUCACAGCAUAGCCCUGAUAAGCCAUUAGAUAAAACUGAGCUUGCGGCCAAACUGGCUUCUUCAUUGGUGUCCCAAGGAAAAACAUCAAUUAACCGAGAGGAACUUCAGAAGAUACUUCAAGUUUAUACGAUGAUUGAGCAAAAGAAACGCCAGGAGUUGCCCACCUCUGGCAGUUCCUUGAAUACAGUUCCCAGCACUUCCACUAACUUGAUUCCAAAUUCCAAUAACAAUGGUAACCUGUUGACACAACAUACAUCUAGAAAUUUAGACAUUGCGAGCAAUGCAAAGCAACCUAACAAUCCGACCAGUAUGUAUACUGGUCAAAACUACUCCGGAAAUGUGGCUCGCUUUAACAACCAACAAAGCACUAACUUAGCUAACACCUUUAACUCGAACGCGUAUCCGACUGAUCGUGGAUUUGGCGGAUCCGGCGUAUCCGGCGGAUAUAAUAGUCAAUUCGGCUCUGCACUACCGGCAAUCAACCCGAGCAGCGUUUUGCGAAACGAUCUGACUACGUCGUCACUCUUCAACUUCAACACCAACUUGAAUCCAUCUUAUAACAACCUUAACCGGAGGAAUCCUAAUUUUUAGUUGAUAGUACGUAAUGCGGAUAGAUUGAUAACGAAUACUUACAUUAAACACACAAUGAUGUAAUCACAACAUUUUCAAAUUAGCUACAUUCAUUG